CACCCGCCCCCUACCCCGAAGCGGCUCUCCCACCACCCCCGGCGGCGGCGGUGGCCAACUUGCCCCUCUACCCCUUGCCCAUGGUGCCGCCUCCGCGGCCAGCGUCAACGCGGACUCAGCCCCGGAGCCCCCUCUACUGCCCAGAGGCCGCCGCCGCCGCCCGCCCAGCCGCCAGCCCUCCUGCCCAGUCAGCCCCGGGCUCCCGGGAACGUCAGCACGCCGCCGUCUCCGGACCUGCUCCCUGCCAACCCCAUUGGUCGAAAGGAGAAGGCUGGCCCUCCCCAUUGGCCCGGCCCUCAUAUUGAACGGACCAAUGGGAACUGAGGUUUCAGGUCGCCAUAGAGACCGAUGCUGUUAAGCGGGAGAGGGCCUGAAGAAGGUGGGGAAUGAGGUAGAAGCUAUGCAUGAUAGGGUUUGUUCCUCGCGUCAAAGGCAGAACAGCUGAGCCCUUAUACGAAUCCUUGAGAGCCUGGGAGUGGGCGUUUCACUUUUCCUGCGACUGAGGAGUCCCUGAGCCUCUGCCCUUUGACCUCUGACAUGUGUGCAGCUUCUGCUUCUUCAGAUACGGAAAACAUGAAUAAAACAGACCGACCCUUCAUGACAAUUCAGAGGAAUGACAGCUCAGAUAAUCUGGUAUUCCAUAUGAAAAAUGGAAUAAGAAGCAUCAAGUAUAAACCAGUAGAUUAUCAACAAUUGUAUGCAUUAACUGAAGCAAAAAAAUUAGCUUCUGCCUCUACAGAGCUAAAGAUCAGAAAAGCAGUGCAGACUUCAAAGAUAUCUAAAGAACAAACACUAAUAAAGCAACACAAGCAAGUGUGGUGGCAGGAACACCAAAGACUAAAUGAAGUCAGAUGUAAAAUGGAAUGUGAAAUAAAAUCCUUUCUCAAUGAAGAGAACAUUGGAAAUGAAUGUCUUUCUGACCUUUUGAAUUUUGAACGAGAGUUAGCAGAACAAUGGUGCAUAUAUCUUGAAAAUGUGAUACAUCCUAUUCAGCAAUUGAGAGAAGAUCUAAAAUACAGACUGCAUCCCAUUUCACAGUGUUCACACUCACAGAGUGAGUUUAACUCUGUGAAAGUACUAGAAGAGGUUGACUCCGUGAAGAAACAAUUAAAAGCUGUCUUUGAAAGACUCAGUCUAGAGCAACAGAAAAUAGAAAAUAAUCUUUCAGAAUGGAGUGUGCAAAUACUAGAUCAUUCUUCAGAAGAAGGAAUUAACCUACUUAGUGAACUGCCCAUGGAAUUUGAAACUUUGGAGUGUCCAUACUCAGAUUUGAAAUCUUCAAUCCUUAAUGAGUUCUGUAGCUUCACAGAGAAAUAUCAAAAGAAACUUCAAGAUUUUGAUCUGCAGUUAGAAGACGUAUACAGAAACUUCCAGUUAAGUGAUGAAGACCACUGGAUUUUCCAAGCUGUUUUGGAUCAGUAUCCUGGGGAUCUCUGUGGCAGAAGGACUCUGUAUCUGGACAUGUUACAAAGAUAUUUUCCUCGCAAAUCGAGGCAUGAUUUAGUCGAACAUGAGAAAUAUUGUGACCAGUAUCGCUUUGCCAAGGAGCAGCGAAGGAUCCUGAUAGCAAGUUGGAAUAAGAAUAGGAGAGACUUUAUACAGAAGGCUGUGCUGACACUCGCCGAGGCCUGUGCAGCUCAUGAAAUGGAAAGCACGAUGGCUAAGGACAGGAAAAAGCAACAGGAAGUGUGUGCUGAUCUGAAAGCCAAGGUUCUUCAAUGGCGAGCCCAUCAGGAAGAGGUAGCAAGACUGGAAAUGGAAAUUUCUGUCAGAAGAAGAGAAAAGGAAGAAGAGAAAGAGAAACUGUGGAAGAAGAAGGAAUUGUUACAAAGAGAAGAGAAGAAAAAAAAGAUAAGAAAAUACUGGGCUGAGAAAGAACAGAAAUGGCAAGAAAUGGAAAUGAGAGAUCUUCGGCGUCUGGAAGAACUGAAGAAAUUAAUGGCAGAACAGUCAGUAAAAGACAGAGAAAGGGUUAAAUACAGACAAGAAUUAUUGGAAAAGCGUUUGAUGGAGAAAAAAGAAGUGGCCCUUCAAGAAGCACUUGAAGAAGAGAGAGAGAGGCGGCUAGCAGCCCUUAGGAAACAGGUUACUAUUGUCGCUCAAUUUGAUCCUGUUAGAAUGAUGUCAGAUACAAUGGCAUCAAAAGCAAGGAUGGGUAUUGGAAUUGAAGAAGAAUUUAUUCUUCAAAAGCCACUCUUCACAUUGAAUACAUACAAUGAACAGCAGGAUGACGGAACAUGUAGCUUGGAGGCAAGGAAUAGAGGCCAUUUAUCUGUCUCUUACUCAAGCUUUCAGUCCUCUCAUACGUGGGAUGCCCAGCAGCCAGCUAGGAAAAUCAAUGGCUGUCAAAAUCACCUUUGGAAAGGACCUGAGAGGAGGGACUGUCAAGAAGGCAGGAGAGAAGGAUGCGGAGCUCACCCUCUCCCAUGAAUCAAAAGUACAUCUACAUGUGGAACAAUUCUCACAGAAUACCUACUGAACGUCAAGAGGCUGAGAGAUUCUCUGGUCUUUGAAAAUUACUGGCUGUGUGACCUUGGAUCCUGCACCAUCCCGGCAACUCUCUCCUGGGAACUUCCUGAUUUCCAAUAUCCUUCAUGACAUGUGCUGCCCAAAACUGAAUGCAAUAUUCAGCUGUUGACGAUGUGCAUUCUGGGUGAUGAGCACAAAGCACAGAGCGGGAAGGACACAAGGGAAGCACUCUGAUGAUAAUUGUGAUGAUUAUGAUCAUGACUGGCAUCCAAUGAUCUUUGCUUAAAACAAGCGGGAAAUCGUUUCCAAGAAAGAAAGCAAAUGUUUUAAAGUUUUAAAGAAAACCACAAGUGUAGGAAUUAGAACCACCUGGAUUGCUGCAGACCUGGAAUCUAUUUUCUCUUUUAUUUCAUAACUUUUAAAAAAGGUUUUUUAGGAGAGGAGGGGUGGGUACUUAGGUUUGUUUACUUAUUUAUUUAUAAUGGAGGUACUGGGGAUUGAACCCAGGACCUCAUGCAUGCUAAGCACAUGCUCUACCACUGAGCUAUACCCUCCCCCAGUUGUAUCUCAUAGCUUUCUGAUGGCGUGCUUGUGGUCCAUGUGAGUUCUACAAAGAAGUUCAUGUAACUGUUUCCCCAGCUGUAAAUGGUGCCAACCAAAUAGGGAACUGGAGCAAACUGGAGAAUGAAGGGUGUCAGAGCUGUAAGCCCCCCAACCUGGCACUGGCUGACUCCUCAGAUCUUCAUUAGAAAGCAGUUGGGUCAACCAAGUGACCUCAGUGGUCCUGGUGAUGCUCCCACACUCUUGUGUCCCCAUUCCUGCACUCCUCACCCAUCCCUAAGCCGGCCCCUAGCACCUCAAAAUCUCUGAUGUUCCUUUAAAGGACCAACUCAGGGGAACUGAGUCAUCCAAUUUAAGAGCAAGGCCACCAGGAACACAACUACCUUUUUCUCAAGUCGCUCCACAUACCAAGUCACGCCUUACUUUCGAGUUUGGGAGACCGGAUGAUUUUCUUUGGUUCCUAAGGCCCUUUUAUGUAUAUGUAUGGCCUUAAGUACGUGGGUGCUCCUCCCCUGACCUUCAGUUUACUUCCUACUCCAAAAUCUAUGAAACUAAAAGUCCACAGCGAAUGGAGGAGGGGAGCCUAAUUUUCUUUUGCCAAGAAAGCCUGAUUGCUUCAGCCGCCCUGAUCCUUGUUUCUUUUUACUUCUUAGGUGUUCAUUUUCUGUACCUUUAUGUUAAGUUUCCACUGUCCUUUUACUUUUAUUUUCCCAGAUAAAAGGAAUAGUCAGCUCUGGAAGGAAACUCAUCUCACUCCCUCAGUGAGUUUAAGGGACUGGCGUACAGGCGCAGAGCUGGUCAGGACAGGGGCCUGCCUUGCCCACCUCCAACUAGACGGUAAGCUUCCAAGAGGCCGAAAGAGACCAGGCCGACACAGCCUUCUUUCCAGACCCACCCAGUGUCUGGCUUUUGGUAAAUGUGCCCCAGACCAUCUUGACACCAAACCGGGUCGGGGCUUGGGUCUGUAUUGAGGUGGAGAUGGAGCGCCCCACGGCAGUGAGGGCAGCGCGGAGAGAGUUCUGGUUGCAGAGAACCUGGUGGUCAUCUUCCGUUUCCCCUGCAUGGUGGGGUUUUGAACGACAGCAGCUGGGCUUCGGAUAAAGAAGACAGAGCUCACAGGCUUAAUGGCUUGCUCUGUCACUUGGGGUCCUGACGACGCUUCUGCCCAGACAGGGAGUCAGGGGGACCCCUCAUUCUCCCAGCCCGAAUCUUAGAAGCCUACCACUACAAAACUGCACUGAACAGAACCCCAUAUGGUGAUUACAACAUAUGCCUGGAUAUAAGCCGACCCCAAAUACAGGGUGAUUCCUUAUAAGAAGAGCCAAAGGACAGUUUCUGGCUGAUUUAAAUAUAUAAACUUUCACAGGGGGAGGGUAUAGUUCAAGUGGUAGAGUGCCUGCUUAGCAUGCACAAGGUCCUGGGUUCAAUCCCCAGUAUCUCCUCUAAAAUUAGGAAAAUAAGUAAACCUAAUUAACCCUUCCAAGAAAUAUAUAAGUAAAUAUAUAAACUUUCAAGGAGAUGGAUGAAAUAUUUGAGUGUCUACUCAUAAUAAUUUGUUAAAGUAUUUAUUGAUACUAAAAACCAUGUAUUACACAAAAUAAUGCUUAAUUUAGAAUUUUUUCCACACCCAUAUUCAGUCUCCAUCUACACAGUCCAUCUUCAUUGUCUCCUUCAACACAAUGGCCAAUUUUUGUUACCUUUUACUAAGUUGUCCAGAGCACUUGUCUUCAUGCUUCUCAUUGUUUGACUAUGAGAAAUCAUGUCUGAUGAUGUCUCUGAAAAAUGCCUUUCAAACCAUGAGCUGUCGUAACAAUAGGAGCUUCCAUUCAUCCUAAAGUUGACAGCACAACCACUUACCUUUUCUGCUUUUUUAAAUGCUUGCAAAAUCCAACAAGUGAAAUUUUGAGGGACUGUCCCCAAGAAUAAUUACUAAAUCUGUGCCAAGUUUUUAUGCCUCCUUUUAAACAACUCCUUUCCAUUAGCUGACCUCUAUUAAAAGGAAAAACUUGAAGUGACUGAAUCAUUUCAGGAUCUUUUAAAAAUAGUAUUUUAUUGUUAAAAUAAAAAGAAGUUUGAAAUGACCUGGAAUAUGAGAAACUUCAUGAGAACUUGAAUAAUAUCUAUAUUUAUGUCUGUAUCUCUCUCCUUUCCGUAAAAUACCAUGGAAGAAGAAACCUUGCCUAAAAGUAAGGAAGUCCCAGGUUAUAGCUGUUUUCCUGGAGUAAUUAUUAAUAGUGCCUCCUUUUAGUUUCAGAAGUUGGAAAUAAAUCGUAUAGUCACUCUACUUAGAGCAAGGAGUAUAUAUUACUAAAUACUGUAAUUCUGUGGCCUUGCCAAGGCAUUCAACAUAUUGGCGGUUCAGCAAGUUUUCUGUGAUACUAGCAUCUACAUGGCUGCCAGACAGAACUCAAAGACACAGUUGUUGGAAAUUAACACAGCGCAGCUAAUUAUCUAAAGUGAGAUCAAAAUGUCUAAGAUUCUAGUAAUUUGACUACCAGUCACACAAAGGAAAUGUUAUUUUUUUAAAUAAUUCUUUUUAAAAAAUCUAAUUACAAUUAUUUGAAAGGGCUGUUUCAAUCUGAGAAUAGUGCAUUUAGCUUAUUAUUAGUUCAAAUUAAAUAUUUAGUUUAAUAUUUCUAAAUAGUUGGAGGGAAAUUGUCUUGACUUCUAAUUUUAUGUUUUGACCAUUCAUACUUUCAAAAUUGUCUCAUUUAAGGCAGCAUUCAUUUCCAACUGACUGUCUUGCACGUGAGUGUGAUGUGUGUAAUGAGGGGUGUAGAAACAGGCAGAGCAGCUGCCAAGGGCUCUGGGCCCACCAGGCUCAUUUCAGAAUUCCAGCCCCUGUGCAAGCCGGUCAGCUUUCCUCACUUUCCUUGGGUUGGGCUACUGCCUGCAGAAGGCUGGCAGUUAUGCAGAGACCAAAGGGGAGAAUGUGGACAAAUCCAUGCAAAUCCACGCCUACUCAUCAGAAAAUCCCUCUGAGCACCCCUCCCUGCCGCCUUCUGGAUCAGAAAUUUCAUCUUCAAAUAUGAAGUCUGCCAUGCAAGGUAAAAAUCAACAAACAAAAACUCAGAAAGUUGCUUCUUAAAACUGACCUCCUCUACGCUUCUCCAUUCCUGCCUCAGAGUUGACCACCCGAGUGUAAGAAAAUCAGCCCAGGUCAGUGAGACAUGUACCCCAAAGAUAAGGCAUUCGUCACACUGGGUGUGGGAUAGGGUUUUCAUUUAGAGGGCUAGCAAAUAAACUGAUUGCCUUUAUAUCACUGACAGUGUUUUACAUUAAACAUGGCCCCAGGUCUCACAACCGCUUGGCAAGAUUUGAUCUCUUUCUGUGUGCCUAGCUUUGAGCAGCCCAUCUCCCUGGAUCCCUGUAUAAUGCCAUGGAAGAGGGUCUUGCCAAGGAGGCUGUCUCUUAGGUAUCUUCUCUCCUCAGCCAUAUAAGCAUCUCCUCCAGCUGUCUAACAGCACACGGAAGGCUCUCAUGGGCUACAGUCCUGGAGACACACCUGCUAUGUGUCAAGAACCUCUAUCCUUUCUGCCAGAGCUCUCAUCUGAUUUCCCCGAACCAAAGGGCAGCUGUCCCUCAAAACAACCAGGACCUUGAGUCUUUGCCCUGGCCCCACGCUGGAGGAUAAGAGAAAGGAGAAAGGUUUUCUUUCUCUCCCACAUUCUCCAGAUUUCUAAGACAACAGCCCCCUCAGCUCUUUCUUCUUGAAGGAGUUUUCUUCCUUCUACCAUUUCCUAUCCUGACCAAGAGCACAAUGGGAGAAACAAGGAAAAGUGAGGGUGGGAUGUGAAGCCAGCUUUCCCCUGUGCCCUUAGAAAGGAUGUGAUUUUUAUCCCUCUACACCCCCUCCUACUAACCUCCCUAGACACAUUGAUCCUACAUUCAAAUGUAUGACCCCAGUGUGAGGCUCUGGCCAACAGCCACUCCCCCUACUGAAUGUGCACAGAUAUGUACGUAUAUCUGGCCCGAGGCCUUUGCUGUCUUUUGCAGCCUGUCCCUCGGAAUGAUGCCUUGACCUUACUGUAAGCCCAACCAAUGGCCUCUCUGUCCCUGAGGUCCCAGGCCUGCAGUGACCUUGACAAUGACUUGGCCUUCCAGUGGUCCGAGGCUGUGUUGCUCACUUGAAGUUGUGCUGUGGUGAUCCUCAAGUUCUCCUCUCUCUGCUCCCAGCCCGCUGGCUUCCUCACCUGCUCCUGCCCUCCCGGGGAGCUGAGUAGAGGAGAAACAGCUCCGGUCUACACCAGCCAAGCCUCAGCUCGGCUGUCAUUUUUGGUCCAGGACUACCCUGGUGUUAUUAAGUUUAUCCAGAACUCUUUUCUUUUAUUUCUUUCUUCCUGCCCCCCUUUCAUUUUCUGAUCCUGACUACAGACUAAUAAAAAGGAAAUCUUACCAGAUGAUGUUUUUUUAAUGACCAAAUUGCAUCUGCUAGUACUCCAAAAAACCAACUUCUCAGAAAGCUUCCAAGACACUUUUUUUUGAGUGACAUUUUUCAUUUUGCAAAGUCCACAGCCUUUUCUCAAACAGAUUUUUAUCUUUUUUCUGGGAUCUGAUGUGGAAAUCACACUAAAUUCCUCCAUCUAGAGCAGGUCAGUAUUUAACUGAAACGUGAGCUUGAAGGCUCUCCUGUUACACCAUUUCUUCUUGCAUCCUUUUAAAAUUAAUGCACACUUUUAAAAUUAAUGAUGUAUUUAAUAUUGAAUAUAAGCUAAAACUAGAUGAUAACGCACAGAGCGUUUCAAAUAGGUGCAGAAUAUCGCCACCUUGUGGCCACUGUGGAAUCUGCCACUAAGACUUUUGCUGGUUUUUCCCAAGGUUGGGGCCCUACUCUUAAUUAAAAGACUACCAGUAUCUUUUCCUAUGCGGUUCACAACCCAAUCCUGCUUCUUCACAGGUCAACUUGUGGAGAUUUCCUGGCAGUCUGGGUAAAGGACGCUUUUUGAAGUGGCUUCCGUGGUUUAGUUGGAGGAAGCCUCUUGAGGCCUUAAACUUGUUUUAGUCAAGAGAAGAAACAACUUGCUGGGAGCCCAGGUCUUUGUUUUACUCACACUCAGUGUGCUCUUACUCCUGUAUUUUUCAAAAUGUGCUUCAAGGGGAUACAUAUACCAGUGUCUUUAAGAAAGAGAUUAAAAAGCCAGGUUUCUGGGCUUCCCUUCCCUAAGAGCUAAGACUUGGAAUGCCUGGGGAUGGAUUCUGGGAUUUAUGUUUUUUAAAAGUUCUUUAUCUGAUUUCUUCUGCACAUUAAAUUUGUAAGUGUUCUGCAUUUUAGUGUACCAAAGGAAGAAAUUAGAGGCCAACAAAUCGAAUGGGUUUGACCCUAAGGAGUCUCCCCAGGCACUGGGAGGGAGGGGAUCCGGAGCGGGAGAGAGAGAGCGCAAGGGACCGAUGCAGCGAGUUUCAGAAGCUCCUGCCAACUGGAAUGUUUGCCGCUAGAACAAAGGAGAGUCCACUAGAGACUGAAGCGGCCUGCUGACUUCAGCUGAACUCUGAGAAGCCAUCAUCCACCAAAAGAGUGACCCGGUUGUGCAGGGCGCCGCCCUCCGGCCCGCAGUGGGGGUGGCACGCUGGCCCGUGCUCGAGGCAGAUGACCAACUUCCGGGGUCUCCCACUGACACCAGUGUGGACUUGGCUUUCAGACGGAGAAGAGACUCUUCCUGAGAAGCGAUCUUGGGAGCCCUAUGUUCAUUCCAAAUUCAGGAUUAAGUCUUUGGUGUUUGGAGGAAUUAAUUCUUGGGAAGUGUCACAAUGAAGCACAAGAUCUUCUGUCAACAUGAAAAUAACACACUUUCGCAAUGUCAAAUCUCCGCGGGAGGAAAACUGAGCGCUGGGCCCAGAGCCCUUCAAAUCUCCCACAACCCCAUGACCUCGUCACUUCCUCUCCUCUCCCUCCACUACUCUCCAAAGACUUCAGCUCACCUGUCUGUGAUGACAGGUGCCCUCCCCAUGCCCUGCCCAGCCCCUAGGCCCCUGGUCCACGGACCCACCUGCUACCCAGGAGCCUAUUUUGGAGGGCACCAAGAUGCCUGCACGAGAUUGUCUAGUCAGAGGCCUCCUCCGGCCCAUUCUCCUUACUGUUUCAAGCUCAUUGCCACCAGGUGCCACUCCUCUGUGACCCCCCCAUCGCUACCUGGGCAUACCCAGCUCAGUUCUUAACAUGUGACGUUAUCUGUUUAUAUGCCUGUAGCCCUAGAGGUAAGACCUGUAUCUGCCACAUAGUGAGUAUUCGAUAAAUAUUUCACUGAAUAAAUGAAACUAGGAAUGAAAAAAUGAGUGAAUAAAGAAAUCAAAUAAUUAAGGGGAUAGAAGCUGAUUAUUGCCCAGAACCUCCACACCUAGUCUUUGAAUAAGCCUGGAUGAAGAAAGAAGGACCUGGUCCAGACUUGAGGGGCCUUGCAGUUUUUGGAGAGAACCUGGGAAUGGGGGGCUCUGCCUUGGGUUGAAGAACCAUGCCUUAACGUUGUUUGUCAUAGUGCAAAUCACAGCCCAUUAGAGCGUCGUGCAUCAAUUUAGUGGGUUCAGACCAACAUUUUAAAAUGAAAUAGAACAGGGUAGAAUAAAUUUAGACAACACGUCUCUUAAUAAGGGUAAGUGCUAUUUCAUGGAACUUUUAUCUUUA